ACAUCAUCCUGUCCCGUGCUUUCCUUGAUGCCAUCAGGAGCUGGACCAAAUCUCCCUGAUCCUGGAUGAGCAGCCAGAAAGCAUCAGCUAGAUGAGACCUGUCUGGGCCUCCGUCUCCAAACACAGGACUCUCACAACCCACCAGAGCCUGAGAAUCCUGGCUGGACAAGAUCCAUUGUCUGAUCAGCCUCUCUAGACAGCUGUAUCCGGCGGGGCUGCACAAAUGAUCGGCGAGCCUGAAGAAGUGAUUCUGCAUUUUUUUUUUUUCCUUUCUGACCAGAGUCAUCUUUUAAAAUAUAAGCAUGACUGUUUCCUGUAGUCAUUUCCCCAGUUUCUUUUCCGCCUUUUAAAAAAAAGGGUGACCUUCGUACGUUAGUCAUGAGCCGAAGUCCCCUUGGAGGAGUCGACCUUCUGCUCACUGCCUCCACCUCCGGCUUCCACCAUGAGGCGUGUCUUUCUGCCCUGGGCGGCCGCCACUGUCUUCUUGCUGGGACACGCGAACGCGUCAGGGAAAACCAAGCCGGGAAGCGCAUUGGAACUUCAGGUGAUCAACUUUAAUUUCGAAACCGUGCAGGUUACGUGGAACACAAAUGCAUACUCUGGGAUCAACUUCACGUUCAUUUACAAAUUCAAGACAAAGGAGGAAUACAGACCCUGCUCCCGCUACGUCCUUCAACAAGGUUACAGGGCCGGGUGCCUCCUGGAUGUGCAAGGAGAUGGACCUCUGUAUUUUUCCAUCCGGAAUGGAACAGAGCCUCUCCUCACCAAGGGCCUAGAGAUUAGCGCUUACUUGAAACCCAGAUCCCCCGACGACCUGAGCUUCCAGUGGCGGGAGGAAGCCGUGAUGGUGACCUGCUCCAACCUGGGAUACAACGAUCUCCAGUAUGAAAUCCAGCACAAGACCAUCUUUGACUCCGAGUGGCAGUCCGCAGAGGCAGAAACCUGCAACGUCACCAUCAACGGUCUGGAUGCUGAGAAGUGUUACUCCUUCCGGGCCAGGGUGAAAGCUCUGGAGUUUGCCUAUGGCUCAGAAACGUACCCCAGUGACUGGUCAGAGGUGACGCACCAACAGAGGGGCGUGCUGCGAGAUUCGUGCUGGGAAAACAGCUUUUUCCCCAAAUUUGUUUUAAUUGCUGGCAUGGUCGCCUUCCUGACAGUCUUCCUUCUGCUUCUGUCUCUAUGGAAACUACACAGGAUUAAGAAGGUUCUCAUGCCCAGCGUUCCUGAUCCCAAGUUCUCUUUCUUGGGGCUCUUUGAAUCCCACCAAGGUAACUUCCAGGAGUGGAUCAAGGACACGCAGAACGUGGCCCCCUUGAACAAAAUGGAAGACGGGGAGCUGGAGUGCGCCCCCGAGGACGCCGUGGUGGUCCAGCCGGCCGAGGCCGAGACGCCCAAGACCGUGGUGAUGGCGAGCUCGCUGUACCCGCAGACGGGGGAGGAAGAGGCCGCCGGGGACUCCGGCCAGCUCCCUCGCGAACAGCCCCAGGGCCGUGGGGUGAUCUCUCUUGGGGAUUUCACGUUUGUGAUGAGCGACAACUCUUACAUGAUGUUAUGAGGGGGUGCAAACUCACAAGCCAACAUCCCACUCUACGCUGAUGCUUGACGACCUAGGAGAACAUCUUGGGGGCCAAAACAAAAAAAAACCACCAUGAAGGGGACUCCCCGGAACCAAGGAUGCUGACGUCUAAGGUCACCCAGUGCCCCAACACCCCAACCCGUGUCUGAGGUCACUCAGCGCCCCUACACCCUCAACCAAUGCAUCCCAUUCUUGCCGACAUCCAAGGGCUUGAAGGUGGACUGCCUGUAGGCGGCAGACGCUUGGUCGGGCUGGUUCUUGCUGUCACCUGGCUCUCAUAAAUCAUAAGGGAAGACGACCAAGACCACCCUGCUCUGCACGUGCCCACCCGCCCGCUCCUGUCCUUUCCGUAUUUCCACUUGCAGUGGUUCCUGGAUCAUUUGUCACUCAUCACACGUACCCAGCAGGCGAGGUGCUUUACUGACACCGAACAGCCACCCGCCUCCCGCCCUGGAGAGAGAAAAAAAAAAAAUUCUACAGUCACUGAGGCAUUUUACAAACCAGGGUUCCGUUUAACUAGUGACUCAGAAACUUGCUCCUGAGAGAUACUUGAAUGUAAAGGUGCUCUGCGGAACAAGGUGUCCCAGGUUGAAUGUACAUGAUUGUUUCUUUUUCGGUACUGAAAAUUUUUUAAAAGUGUGUGCAUGAGAACUCUGGUAGAAUGUAAGCGGGUUGCUGCUGUUUGUGGAGACAGGAGCAGUUUGAUCCCCUUAGACUUCAGGUUCAGGAGCUUUCUAGACGUCUAGAGUAUUGAUUUCUCGUUUUUUGUUUUUUGUUUUUUUUUUCAGGCUGGUACUGACUUUAUCUUGUCUGUGUCUGCAGCAUGGUAAACAAGCUUGAUCAGAUAUACCUGGAGUCUGUGUGAGUGUGUGUGUGUGUGGUCUCGAGGAUGUCUCAUUUAGCAGAAUGUCUCCCCACCCUAGAAAAC